AUCUAAAAGUUGCAUCUUUUCAAAAUUUCGAACUUUAGGUAAUUUUCCACUUGCAGCCAUUCGCUCUUUAUCUUUCAAAUCCCUGCUUCACCCGCUUCCUCUCGUCCUUGAGGCUACACUAAGUCGAACAAGUUGUCGAGCAAUAUGUGAUCGUAUGGCAGUAAUGCGAUUGGUGAGCAUAACCCUUCGAGAUGUGAAGCCAAGGCAUUUUGUCCUCCAUCCUCGAAUUCCAUUAUCGCAUCGACGCCCCCAGUCGCAUAGGAGGGAUAUUCAGUUCUCCACACCCAAACAUGUGAAGAACGCGCGAUAUUACUCCUCCGCGUCGUCAUUCAACGGCUCAGGAAGCCCUUUUGGUGUUCUCCUGUCGGAGCUGCCUGGAGAUGUCCAAGUGACACAGAAAAGGCCUGCUCAGCAACAAAAGCCGGCCUUCUCUCUAAUCCAAGAGGCAAAACUAUUUGGGCAAUGGAGGCCUCUAUUAACAAAUCCUUUCCGUCUCUCGGUUGAGUCCGACUUCUACCGGCGCGGUCCAGCCAAAGAAUGGAGAAGUCAGCUGCUAGUAGACAGGUUCGAAAACCGUAACGAUCUUGCCUUGUGGAGUGCUCUCUUGGACUACCAGAAGAGAGUCAAUGGGGACCUAGGCGUUUGGAAUGUUUGGAAAGGCCUAUGGGGUCGCAAGUCUCUAUUCGAUGUCGAGAGUCCUCUUGCGCCUGCGUUCUGGCAAACGAUGUUGGAAGCUGCAGUGAAGCACGGAGAGAGCAAAUUCCUAUCAAGCGUCUGGAUUUACAGCGAGUGGAUGUAUGAGGUACACGGUGUAAAAUGGCCGCAACUCUACUCGACAAUACUAUCGCACUUCUUGCGCACUCACCAACAUCAACAAGCUCUGAAAUGGCAGCUUCACUUAACCCCGAACUUUUACCCGGGCCCAGACGAGUUUGCUAGCAUGAUCAAGCAGUUCGCAACUGACCAGGAACUGUACCAUACUCUCGAAUCUUUGUACAUUGCGAAUCAUGAUCAUAGGCUGUACGAUAUUCUCGUUCCAUAUUUAUAUAACUUGGGCGCGGCCCGGUUAGCCUGGCAGUGGCGAUGUGUCUGCGUUCAACAUGACGACUUACCUCUCGAACCAGUGCCUGUUCGACCUUUUCUUCGAUUUAUACAGGCAUACUUUCACUGGGUGUCACUCCACCCUCAGGAGUCCGCGGCGAUCGAUAACUUGGUUUACGAGUCGGAGGAAGAUGCAGAAAAAAUUGAAAUGUCUCGGGAAUUCGUAAAUCGGGUGCAGGGCGCGACAUUCGGCAUCGGCGUCAAGAAUUAUAACGACCGACUAGGUGCUAAGUGGCUGGCAAGCUCCUGGGUCAGUUUGGACGCGGCCAUCUCGACCAUCUCAGCUUUAGGCAUCAGUGAGAUUGGUCCGUUAUCCUUGCAAUCGAUCGCGCUUAGAGAAGGGACGUCGAAGCGCUUACUGAAACGCAUGGAAAAACUAAGAGAGCAAGGGAUAUCAGUUGUCGACUCUAACUAUUUGCGAUUGGUUCUCUACCUAGCCAAAGUCAACGACGAUGUGCUUCUUCUUGAUCUUCUGCAUAGCGACCUCCAUCCGGACGUAUUUGAUGACUCUGAAUUACAGUCGCAACUCCUCGUCUCCACUGCCAACUCGGAGGAUUGGAGGACUCAUCGACUUAUGCUAGCAACGCAGCUAGCAGUAAUGGACAAGUCGACUCGCCAAACAGCUAACGCACUAGCUGAAUCGUAUGUUCUACGCAGAGACCGAAUAGGGCUCUCAAGACUCUUAGCCGAUAUGAAGGCCAUGAGAAUUACAGUUGAUUCCAACCUGACAAAUCUCCUUUUUAAGAAUCUUACCAGCGAAGCCAAGUCCACUUUUAUGCCAGAGGAGUCACUCUACUUUUACCUACCUAUCUGCCGGCAGCUUGCAGCUAUGGAAAUUCCAGUCCCGGUUCGCUGUUGGAGGAAGAUACUAUUCGCUCUUACUCGACAAAGCAGGGUAGACGACCUGGAAAAACUCAGCAUUGAAUUGGCUGAUAUGUUUACUUCCUUCCAAUCUUCUCGUCCGGGUUUCGUUCCUGUCCACCCGGAGGACAUACCGGAACCCAUAACAAAGCCAUUAUCCGGUGUGGAAAACCUCCUGGGUAUAUAUAUUCCUUUGGAUUUACCAAUUUCAAGACCCAAGCACCCGCUACGCCAGAUAUUUGAUAGUAAGUUGAUAGGCACUAUCGUACGCUAUUCCUUUCUCCAGCCCCAAACGUAUUCUUGGGCAAUAACGCCCGGACGAAGUCAUCGUCAACGGUUUAUGAAUAUCGGUGCCGCCCGGUGCGUCAGACUGUUACGCACUCUUCGCGACCGGGGCGUUCUUGUUGAUAAGCCACACUUGGCUUCUUUGAUUAAGGUACGUCUAACCGCAUUCUAUGGGCCUGGUUAUCCCACAAGGAGAACAUGGCAGUUGGCGAGAGCAAACAACAGUUUGACCUUGAAGGAAAUGAAGUCUUCUCUGGAUGAGGCUUGGGGAGAAGAACUACUUCCACCGCUAGAGGCGCUCAAAGAAGAGAUCGAGGCCCGCGGUCACGAGAUCAUGAUAAAAGAUCAAGAAUAUCUACUGAGCAAGGGAAGGACAAUGCCUCAACUCCGUAUCAUGCUGUGAUAUAGACAUAGAUUUGACGCCUGUAUGUAUGUACAUAUAUAAUAUAGAAUCAAGAUACCCACGGAUUUAUACGCAGCACAGGUACAAGGGUAUAC